AAACAAAACACUCUAUUUGACAAAGUAUAGUUAUGGCGACGGCAACAUCCAUCACUGCAAUCAAGGUGGAGUUCCUUGAAUACCCGGCGGUGGUGACACCUCCGGGCUCCACCAAGUCCUAUUUCCUUGGCGGCGCAGGGGUGAGAGGGGUGACCAUUCAAGGAGAAUUUGUGAAUGUCACGACAAUAGGGGUUUAUUUGGAAGACAAGGCCGUGCCAUCACUUGCAGCUAAGUGGAAGGGCAAGAGUGCAGCUGAGUUAUUGGUGUCCCUUGACUUCUACAGAGAUAUAAUCAAAGGUCCAUUUGAGAAAUUAAUUCGGGGGUCAAAGAUAAUAACGUUGGAUGGUCGUGAAUACGUAAGGAAGGUAUCAGAAAAUUGCGUUGCCCACUUGAAAUCUGUUGGGACGUAUAACGAUGCAGAGGAAAAAGCUAUUCAGGAAUUUAGAGAUGCCUUCAAGGAUCAAAAUUUCCCACCAGGUUCUUCUGUUUUCUACAGACAAUCACCCACUGGAACAUUAGGGCUUAGUUUCUCCAAAGAUCAGACACUACCAGAACAUGAGCAUACAGUUAUAGACAACAAGCCACUUUCAGAGGCAGUGCUAGAGACCAUGAUUGGAGAGAUUCCUGUUACCCCUGCUUUAAAAGAGAGUUUGGCUACAAGACUUUCUGAGUUUCUGAAUGAUCCCAAUUUCAACAUUGGAAACUAAGAUUUGACGCAGAUGUCGAUAGUCUUAAGGUGAUGUUGGAAGCAAGAAAAAAAUAUGUAAAAAAUAAAAUAAAAUGGAAGA